AUGAAGAGAACUCACCCUGAAGCAUUUGGACAUGAACCAAGCAUGCCAAGCACAAGUGGCAGUGAGUCACAAUGUAUCAAUGUCAUGUUUUUAUGUGAAGAGUGGAUGUCGUCCAAGGGAGGUUUGCCUACUUUCAAUAGAGAAUUUGCAAUAAGUUUAGCCAAAAUAUCAAAUGGCGAGAUCAAAGUCCAUUGCUAUGUCUCUCGAAGUACUGAAUCAGAUAGAGAAGACGCUAGAAAAAAUGAUGUAAAUUUAAUCACUGCAACAAGCAUACCUGGAACCUCAGAUCUCCUGGAUUGGCUUAGGGUUCCUCCAACAGAACUUUCACAUCCUGAUAUUGUGAUUGGCCACAGCAGGAAGUUUGGCAUCCCUGCCUGGUGCAUUGUAAAAACUACAAACUGCAAAUGGGUGCAAUUUGUGCAUGUGUUUUGUGAAGACCUUGGAAAAUACAAACAAGCGGAUGCAGAAAACACUGAUACAAUUGAAGAAAAUGAGAAGAAGCAUAAAAGCGAAAUUGCACUCUGCAAAGCAGCCAAUGCUGUGGUUGCUGUGGGAACAAGAUUACAGCAAAAGUACAGUAGAUGUCUCCCAGACAGGGAGGUUCAUGUCAUUACACCUGGAAUUUCUGAAAAAUUUACUGGCCUCUCAGAGCAAAGGGUUGGAAAAGUGACAAAUGAUCAAGACGAGUUCCACAUCUUUGUCUUUGGUAGAGGAACUUUUGAGGACCUUUCUCUGAAAGGUUAUGAUGUUAUUGCUGAUGCAGUAGGUUCUCUUGGAGAGAAAUUUAAAAUGACAUUUGUCGGUUCACCGGAGGGUCAACAUAGAAAAAUAGAGGAUUGGUUACUAGAGACAACAAGAAUAACACGUGAUCAAGUGACUAUUCGUGGAUACUGCGAUCAAGAAGAGCUGAAGACAAUGUUUCUCGAAGCAGACUUGGUUGCUCUUCCGUCUCACACUGAAGGCUUUGGAUUGGUUGCCCUUGAAGCUAUUUCUGCAGGGGUUCCUGUUCUUGUUACUAGUGAAUCUGGCAUUGCUAAAGCUUUGGAGAAAGUGGAAGGUGGGCAUUUGGCAGUUGUAAAAUCAGGAAACCAGGAGAAGUGGCUCCAGAAGAUAACACAGCUCUCCAUCCAGAAUCCAAAAGAGAGAUGUGAUGGUGCGGUUCGUCUUAGGGAAGAGUAUCGCAGGAUUUACUCUUGGGACACUCAGUGUGCAAAAUUCAAAAAAAUUGUGCAGGAUCUAACUGACAGGCCGGCCAGUGCAGUUGCAGUUGAAUCAAAUGGUAUGCAAUGUGAAAGGAUGUUUUUACAGUUUAACUACUGACAGCACUCUAACCAAGGCCACUUUUUUUUACAAAAUUUACCAACUGGAUUACAGGGCUGUUGCUAAAAUUUCCAGUUUCCGGGUAAAUGCAAUCAGCAGGCAGGAAAUUGUCUAGCUUGGAAGUUCUUGCAUCAAUUUAGAUUUCUGAAAGCUGUGCCCACCUAUCCCUCCCCUGAGUCAAGAUUAACACUUACUUCUCACUUAUUGCAAAAUGUUGGGUUAGGGGAGGGGUAAGUGGGCAGGUUCGUAGAAACCUCAAUGGGUUCUAUUCUCCUUUUGUUUCCUAUAAGAGUAGCCAAAGCCCACGUUCAUAGUAGACUGGGAAAAUCCCCGGCCCCCGGCACUUAGUGACAGCCCUACGAUUACAGGAAAAUAAUAAUGCAUUCUGAGGAAGUAGUUUUUGAAGCUAAUCAGCUGCUCGUAAGAAAACAAAAAGCUAGGUCAAGCACAAAAAUAUUGUGAAUAUUAAUAGUGGAAUUAAGUUUAAUUCCAAGAAAGCAAAAUUUAUCACGACAAUAUUUUCUGUAUUAUGCUCACGAUUCAUAUUUGUUUGUCACAAUCAUAUUUCCUUGCUAACAUUGCUGCCCUUUUCAAAAAUUAAAGCAAUGUUCACGUUUUUUGCUACUAUCAGUCACUCUUAUGAAAUGCACAAGAUUCUCUUCAGCAGGUCACGUACUGUGUUAAGCUUGUAAUAAUUGGUAAAUUUCAAUUUGUUCCUUUCGUUUGUUGAUAACCACAUAAGGUUCUUGGAAUGUAUUGUUAUUUUCCUUUAAACCGAUUGGUCAAUUUUGUCUAGGUGGCCUCGCAUGCAGUAGUUGCAGCGUAAUCAUAUCCCUUGUGUCCCUCCAGUUUAAUAUACAUUUACAAUGUAUGUGCAGGUUCUCAAAAUGGGUAACUGUUAGCCUUUUUUAAAAACUUUUUUGAUUAGGCUCAGAAUGUCAAAAUUGAAAAUGCAGGUAUUAGUAGUUUAAUAUUAAUUAAUUUGCGAUGGCAUUUGGUCUUAUUUUGAAACUAAUAAAACCUUGAAUUCCAGGAAAAGUUUUAAAAUGUUAUGUUAUGACCAACCACAGCAAAGGUCAGGACAAUACGAAAUAUUUUCAAGCCAGUAAACCAUGAACUAAUUACCUUUGCUGCUUGGGGUUUAGUUUUCCCAUGCCUGAUAGGCUUGUCCCUUAAUUUGCAACACAAUGACUUCCAGAAAUACUUCUGGUGUUGACGGGUUUUAGGAGUUUCACAGCAAUAGCAAACAACUUUAAUUAUGACAGUAUUCAAUGCCAAACCAGCUUGUUAGCUGUGCCAAAGCUCUGGGUGGGGCCAGCUGGGCUAAGCCAAUAACUACAGUUGAACCUCUACAAUGGCCACCUUGGGGACAGAAGAAAGUGGCCAUUCUAGAGAGGAGGACGGUUCGCCAUAAAAUUGGCCAUUGUCCAUUGUAGAGAGGUGGCCGUUGUGGAGACUGUGGCUGUUUGUGGAGGUUCAACUGUUUCAGGAUAUGAGGGAAUUGUCACGGCUGCGCUCUAAGGAAAAUUGAAGGGAACUCACCGUGUUCUUCCUAAAUUUUAGCUAAGCAGGUAAGGGACCAUUCAUGCCCAGUAAGGCAAAAAAUGUGCUAGAGGCGCACUUUCCUCGGGGGAGGGGGUAGUGGAGUGAGGGACAUGGCUUCGACCUCGCUGUGAAAUUCAGGAGCUAAGUUCUCUGAAAUGUCAUUCCCUCAUUUUACGACCUAUUUUACGCAAAUCAGCCGUUGUUAUCUUUAGACAACAAUUUAAAACGUUUGAUUCCAAUAAUUUUACUCUGUCUUCAAUGCUCUCUUUCCAAAGUGCAUGGCCCAUAAAAAGAAAAGCUGUGCAUACUUAAGUACAGUUCCAUAAAUUCAUUCAUUACCUUGAUCAGAUCGGAUCACAAUUUGCGUAUUUUUUAAAACAACUUAUUUAAUUUUAAUAAACCUUCAAGCAGUUGCAAAUGGUAAGAAGUGUUGGUUCAGACGGUAAAUUUUACCGGUUACCUCCUGAUAAGGAGAACACUGAGCUCAGUGCUCUGAACCUAUAAAAUCUGGGGUGCCCAGCAUUUGAUUUGUAUGAAAAAACUAAGAUUUUCUAGUCACACAUGAAGAGCAAAUGUUAAGCGCCAGGGUGGGCCACUGGGCUCUGCUACAGCACAGCCCUCAUUAGUUUUUACAGUGAAAAGUCUCCUUUUUUAUUGUUUAACUGAGGCCUUUGUUAUAAUCAUGGUUUAUUGAUAUAAAAUUAAGCAAAAUAAUUGGCCAUAGAGCUAGACGAAUGCAAAAAUAGUAGUGAACAGGUCACAAUAUUUCUGGUACCUUGUCCAUAACAAAAUAAACUAACUACUUGCAUGGUAGUUUGGUUUACUAGCUCAGUAUGCAAUACUGAGUCACUUGCUGUAUAAUUUUGAAGUGUAACAUGAAUUGGACUGUCAUCUAGUACUGUUUUAAUAUUUAUUGUUAUUUUAAUGGAAUGGUUCUGUUGUUUAGAUUCAGCACCAUCGGCUCCAGGUGGCACAUUGAAAGGCUUAAAGCACUGGCCGAUGCCUUCUUUUUUUCUUGAUUCAAUGAAACCCAUGACAACUGUUCCAAAUUUGGAAGCUGGUAAGACUGCAGACAAAGGCAACAGUGGGAAGGAGUGCAAACCAGCUGAAAUUAGGGACUGGAAUUUGCUACACAGUGCUGCUGAGGGUGGUGAUGUAUCAAUCAUUGAAAUGAUGCUUUCCCUGGGGUUUGAUGUUAACUCAAAAGAUAGUUUAGGCAGAACGCCGUUGAUAGUUGCUGCUGCUGCAGGUAAGAAGCAAGCUGUAGAUUUCCUGCUCUCGAAAGAUGCUGACCCAACUUCAGUGACCAACGAAGGAAGAAAUUUACUUCAUGCUGCUGUUGAAGGCGGUGAUGUCUCCAUUGUGGAGAUGAUGCUUUUACGUGACAUUCCUGUUGAUUCAACUGAUAAUGAUGGAGUCACUUCAUUAAUGAUAGCGGCCUCCCAAAACAACUUGGAGAUAUUAGAGUUUCUCCUAAAGAAUAGAGCGGAUCCAUUUAUGACAACCAAAAAAGGCAGAAAUGUUUUAGUUAUUUCUGCUCAAUAUGGUUGCACUGAUAUUAUAAAGCGAUUGCUUUCGUUUGGUGUGGACAUUGAUUCACGAGAUGAUGAAGGCAACACACCAUUAAUGUGCGCUGCAGCACUCUCCAAAUUACAAGUUGUAAAUUACCUUCUUGAGAAAGGUGCUGAUCCAACGCUAACAGCCAAUAGUGGUUGGAGCCUCUUGCAUUUUGCUUGUGAAGGUGGCAAUACUACCAUCAUUGAAAAAAUCCUCUCAUGCGGACUUGAUGUUAAUAUGAAAGGUACGUAUGGAAAGUCGACACCUCUAAUGGUUGCUAUUGUGAACAACAACCUGGAGGCCGUAAAGUAUCUUCUUAAAGAGGGGGCUGAUGCAACACUGGAGUAUGGCUCUUCACCAGUCAACUCACUGCACCUUGCUGUUGUAAACCCUGCAUCUGCAAGUCACGUUGUUCCCAUAAUGGAGGCCAUUCUUGCAAGUGGACUCAGCAUCAACGCGCGAAGCAGUGAAGGUCUGACAGGUUUAAUGUUCGCAGCUUCUGAUGGGAAGCCUGAAAUUGUAGACUUCCUUCUCCUUAAGGGUGCAGAUCCGCAUUUGGAAGACACGUUUGGUAGGAAUGCUUUGCACUAUGCUGCGCAAGGAGGUGACAUCACUGUGAUUGAAAAGUGUCUUUCAUGUGGACUUGACAUUGAAUCUAAAGACCAUAAGGGUAAGACACCCCUAAUGGUUGCAGCGUCUAGUGUCAAAACUGAAGCUGUGAAAUUCCUUCUGCAGAGAAGUUUAAACAACCAGGGAGUCUAA